AUGGAUCAAGGAGUGAAACCAGGCUAUGAACCAGAUCGGAUUCCACAAUCGGUUUUCGCAACCACAAUGACUGCUAAACAAGAUUGGAGUACUCAAUCUAACGAUUUGUUUAGUAUUCACAUCGGAGAUCAAAGUUUCACCAAAAUGUAUAAAUCUGGAGAACUCUCCAAUUUUGACUAUACUGCUACGUAUAUUAACAAUAACAACAACACUGAUAACAAAACUAAUUUGACGGACGCUGGAACCAAAGAGGUCAACAUCCUCGAAGCGGAAACCGGACCAGAAACCCCUAAUCGAGAUUGCCUAACCAAUGUUUCUAAACCGGAACAACCUCGACAACGUCAGUUAAGUCCGACCAAGUCUUAUCGCUCCGACACAAGUAAUAACAGCGCAGCUUCUUUUGCAUUUCCCAUAUUACCAGAGUCCCAACAAGAUCCAAAGACGGCACUUGAGGUGAAGGAUGAAAGUGGUGAAACGGAUAUAUCAAGACCAGACCCGAAGCCCAGCUCUAACUCUGAUGAUCCCAAACCAGGGGACGGUGGCGGCUGGCUUUCUUGUUUUUCAUGUUUCUCAGUGAAAAGUUGA